AUGAUAAACUCUACACAGGUUUUAUAUUUCACACUCAGUGCUUACUUUGACACUGGGCUGUUCAAAUACUUACAUUUUAUAAUUACUAUGUCUUUAUACAUUUUUAUUGUUGUUACCAAUGUUUUCCUCAUUGUGGUUAUCUGCAUGAACAGAAGUUUACAUGAACCUAUGUACAUCUUUCUGUGCAGCCUGUUUAUGAAUGAACUGUAUGGUAGUACAGGGUUGUUUCCAUUCCUUCUGAUUCAGAUUCUCUCUGACAUUCACACUGUCUCUGUUCCUUUUUGUUUCCUGCAGAUUUAUUGUUUACACUCUUUUGCAUGUGUAGAGUUUUUAAAUUUAGCUGUUAUGUCUUAUGACAGAUAUCUUGCUAUCUGUUAUCCUCUACACUAUAACACAUGUAUGACAUCUAAUAAGAUUGCCACACUGAUUGCUCUAAUAUGGUUAUACCCUUUGCUGACAUGUGUUAUUAUGAUAUCACUAAGUUCAUCUUUACAGCUGUGUGGGAACAUCAUUAACAAAGUGUACUGUGACAAUUUCUCUGUUGUCAGGCUGGCCUGCUCUGACACAACUAUAAUUAACAUAUAUGGACUCAUUGCCACUUUUUGUACAAUCUGUGUUCCGUUAAUGUUCAUCUUUUUUACUUAUUUGAAGAUUUUCAGGAUUUGUUUCUCUGGUUCUAAACAGACGAGACAAAAAGCUGUCAGUACCUGCACACCUCACCUCAUUUCCAUCAUGAACUUUUCCCUUGGAGCUAGCUUUGAAAUUGUACAGAGUAGGUUUAACAUGAGCAGAUUACCCAAUAUGUUACGCAUUUUCUUGUCAUUAUACAUUCUUACAUGUCAGCCACUCUUCAACCCUCUAAUGUACGGCCUGAAUCUGUCCAAAAUAUGUGUCACGUGUAAAAGUCUGAUUACAAAUGUGCAACAUUCAUAUUAA